AUCACAAGAUGCCAAAGCUGUGGUGCGGAAGAGCGCUGUUAGGGUCGAUGGCUGAAGGUAGAUAAGUGUUUAUGCGGACACACCGAGGAGCCCCUGACAGCAGGGAGCGCUGGACGUUUCUCCACCAUGGACGUCGUCCCGACAACAGCUCGGAACCGUUGGAAACGUUUCUGCUUCGCCGCGGUCUUCAUGUUGAGCGCGAGCGCCGUUGACUGUUUCGGACGGAACCAGGACAACGAGCUGACGUUCCUGCUCCCCGCCGGAAGUUCGGAAUGUUUUUACCAGUCAGCCGUCCAGAAUGGAACGAUGGAGGUCGAAUAUCAGGUGAUUGCCGGCGCUGGGAUGGACGUGGACUUCACCAUCGUUUCCCCUGAAGGCGUUCGGCUGAUCGUCGAGUCUCGGCGUUCUGACGGCGUUCACGUGGUGGAGCCUACAGAGGGCGGGGACUAUCAGAUCUGCUUUGAUAACAGCUUCAGCCGCUUCUCUGAGAAGAUGGUGUUUUUUGAAAUCCUCACGGAGGCGCCGGGCGGAGACGCCGGCGGAGACGAGGAGUGGCCGAUGCUGGACGAGCCUGACGGGAGCCUGCUGGAGUACAAGCUGGAAGACAUCCGAGACUCCAUGGACGCCGUGUACAGACGCCUGGACCGCAGCCGGCAGAUGCAGACCGUGCUGCGGGCCUUUGAGGCGCGGGACCGAAACCUCCUGGAGGAUAACCUUUGGCGGGUGUCGUUCUGGUCCUGUGCCAGCGUUCUGGUGAUGCUGUGCGUGGCUCUCACCCAGGUUUACACGGUGAGGAAACUGUUUGACGAUAAGAGGAGAGUCUGCACAUAAAGUCAGACUCUGUGGGGCUUUAGGGAUGUUUCAGGUAGAAGAACCUUUUCUGCUCCAACAAGUGCCGCUAACGUUUUCCGUGGACCCAUACGGACGUUCCAAAUCGGGAUUCUGUUCUUCAGAGCUUCUGGACUUUUAAAAGGUUGAUCUUAAUGUUUCGCUGCUCGUCCGAGGAGUUUCUCCAGAACCGAAACGUCACACAGACGACCCUGGAACCGAAGAGCAGAACGGCUGAGGAUCCUCAGACAGACAUGAGAUGUUCUGGAGUCUGGGAUGAGGGUCUACGGAGCUAAAGGCUGAGCGCUCACAUAUGUGCUGUGUGGUUUAGGGGUCCAAACGGCUAAAGCCGUCACAUUAUGCAGACUUGUUGGUCAGCCCGUCUGCACACACGGUCCAGGCUGACCAACAGGACGAGGUUCCGUCUGUCAACGGAUGCUGCUUUUGGGAAAUCGUGAUGACUUGGUAUGGAUGUGGACGUCUGCUUAAACUUCCUGUUUUUCUUAACACAUUACUGAUUCCACACAUUUGAAACCAUUUUUGCAAAUGUUUGGAUGUUUUCUGUUCUUCUACGUGGAUGCCAGUGGUUUUUACCGAAUAAAUAUAGUCGUUCAUUUC